AUGAAGCAGGUCGAGAAUGUGUCUGGUUGAGAUCAAUGAUCCAGCACAUACAAAAUGAAUGCGGUAUAAAAUCUUUUACUUGUAAUCCUACUGUGAUUUAUGAAGAUAACACAGCAUGUAUAGCUCAGAUCAAAGGAGGUUACAUCAAAGGGGAUAGAACAAAGCAUAUAGCACCAAAACUUUUCUCCACACAUGAUCUUGAGAAAGAAGGAACAGUUGAUGUCAAACAAAUCAAGUCCUGCGACAACCCUGCUGAUUUAUUCACAAAGUCAUUGGCACCGAAGAAAUUUGAAGAACUGGUCCACAAAAUUGGAAUGUGUC